GAAGAGACGUGGUGGUCACUGACUAAUAACGUCUAAUCAUUUCCCGCGUGUGGCUGUUUAACCAACAGUUACCCGACUGGAGCGCUGACUUAAUAAAUAUUUAAGGUGGACGGAGGGGAGCCGCAGCUGAUUUGCUGAUGUCAGGGAGCCAGUGCAGCAUUUCAUGGUGCAGGGUGGAAACGCGCGCUGCCAUCUGCCUCGAUCCGUGCUCUCUGCAACCCUCACACAUGAAAGCCCGACAGGAAAGAUGCCGCCAGCUCUCAACAUUUGGGCAUUGUUCCUCGUGUCGCUGUGCUGCCUGUGUCAGCCGGGUCAUUUAAAAAAGCCUUUCCGAUGCCCUUCAACAUGCAGCUGCUCCAAGGAGUCCAUCAUCUGCGUCGGGUCCUCGUAUAUCCCAAGAAUGACCCCCAACGAAAUCACUUCUUUGAGUAUCGUGAAUGGGACUUUCAGCGAGGUCAAAGAGGCGAUGUUUUCCCACAUACCAUCUCUCCAGCUAUUGCUUUUGAAUUCCAAUUCCCUGACAACUGUAAGAGAUGAUGCAUUCUCAGGCCUGCCACAUCUGGAGUACCUAUUCAUUGAGAGUAACAAACUAGAGACUACAUCCAAAUAUGCCUUCAGAGGACUCAGGGACCUGACUCACUUGUCUUUGGCAAACAAUAACAUUAAAGCCUUGCCCAGGGACCUCUUCAUUGACCUUGACUCCCUUAUAGAGCUGGACCUGCGAGGCAAUGCCUUUGAAUGUGACUGCAGAGCCAAGUGGCUUAUGACGUGGUUAAAGAACACCAAUGCCACAGUGUCGGAUGUUGUGUGUGCUGGACCAGAGGACAUGAAGGGCAAGCGCCUCAAUGAUAUGACCAGCCUGCAGAAUGAGUGUGUCUCCACAGAUUUCAUCCUUCAUCAGUCUGUUGCCUCAGAAUCGUUGUCUGUUGACACAUUCAGCUAUAAGAAUGAUGUCUACGUGGCCAUUUCUGCUCCCAGCACAGAGAGCUGUAUGAUUUUCCAGUGGGACCACAUAGAAAUGAACUUCAGGACUUAUGAUAACAUCACAGGUCAGUCCAUUGUGGGGUGCAAAUCUGUCAUCAUCGAAAAUGAGGUGUUUGUCAUUGUGGCUCAGCUGUUUGGUGGUUCCCACAUUUACAAGUUUGAUGACGACCAAAGCAGGUUCAAUAAGUUCCAGGAUAUCGAAGUGUCCAAGAUCUCUAAGCCCAAUGAUAUUGAGGCCUUCCAGAUUGGCUCUGAUUGGUUCUUUGUGAUUGCUGACAGCUCAAAAGCUGGCCUCUCCACCCUCUACAAGUGGAAUGAUAAUGGCUUUUAUUCGUACCAGUCACUGCACGAGUGGUACCGCGACACGGAUGUAGAGUUUCUGGACUUGGAUGGGAAAGCUCACCUUAUUCUAGCGAGCCGCUCACAGGUUCCAGUGAUCUACCAGUGGAGCCGGAGCAACCAGAAGUUCAUCCUGCAGGGUGAGAUCCCCAACAUGGAGGAUGUAGUGGUUGUGAAACACUUCCGGAUCAAGGAGGAGCUCUACCUGGCUAUGACGCGGUAUAUCGGUGAUUCCAAAGUUCUGCGUUGGGGCACCAAACAGUUUGCUGAGAUCCAAGCUUUGCCCUCUCGAGGCUCCAUGAUUCUCCAGCCGUUCUCUUUCAAGGAACGUUACUAUCUGGCUCUGGGAAGCGACUACACCUUCUCACAGAUCUACCUGUGGGAUGAGGACAACAAAAUCUUUGACCGCUUUAAGGAGGUGUACAUCCAAGCCCCACGCUCUUUCACCGUGGUAUCUACCGACCGCAGGGACUUUAUUUUUUCCUCGAGCUUCAAGGGAAACACGCAGAUCUUUGAGCACAUCAUCAUCGACCUGAGCUUGUGAGGGGCUGUGCCUUAUCGUCCCGUCUGAAAUCAAAUGUCUUCCACUUGAAAGACAAAUUCAAGAAGGAAGAAAAAAGGAGAAAGGACCUUAUGAACUGUUAAAUAUCCACACCUUCAUAGAUUUCACUCACAAAUUAGAGCUGGGUCAAGAUGUAUUGUGACUAUUUCUGAAUGGCCUUGCACUCAUGGAUCCUCAGACUUUCUGAAGUACUACCCUUUCAUAACUACUACUAUUCUCUUAAAAAUACCACUGAAGUUCAUAAUUGAAUCUAUCUGGAUUUAUCUUUUUUUGUUUAAUAUCUUUCUCUUAGUAGUUUUAUGCAGCUAUAAAAAUACAUCAGGACCUGAAUGAACGUAACAAAUUUAUUCUGAUUUGCGGUGACUGAUGAUGGAUUGAAUGAUUUUGCCACCUACCUGUAUCCUCAUACCCUGUGGUAACGUACAGUACCUUGCCUUAUCAACACUGGGGUCUUUUGUUUGAUGGUUACACAGUGCCUCCUUCUGGCCGUGAUGAAGUACCACACCCCUCUGCUCUUUCCAUUACAGGGAAUGUCUAGAAAGCACAAACCUUUAAUUAUCAUAGCUGAGAUCAUAGAGUGUAGCCGUUUGUUGGAAGGUGUCUUUGUAGAUGCUGUAGAUUAUAAUGCAUAGAGUAGGAAGCAGUGGUUUGUUGUUACAGUUAGUAAAAUAUCCAGGACUUGACCUUAUACAAAUUCAUUAAUGGAGAAUCACCAUUUAGAUACAACUUCUAGAUCUGCUGUAAUAUAAUGUGGCAAAGUACAGAGAAACUUUAUCAGUAUUGCAAAGGAGCUGUGUUUAGAUGAUGUCAGGGAAAAUAAACCUCCUGAUAUGUUUAAAAGAAAAACUGUUUUGCCCAGUUAACAAUAUUUUUUUACUAACAUCUGAAGUCAGAAGCAUCAGAGGCAGAAUUUGUAUGACCACAAGGAAGGAAAAUAAAUGUACAUGUAAAUAUAUCUUCAAGCUUACUGAAUUUUUUUUUCAAACUUUCAUUCUGCUUUUGGAAAUGCUGAAUGUUGACAAGCUCCAAAAUGUACAUAAACCAAGGAUUGUAAUGUCACCACCUGUUUGAAUGGACCUUUGCACUUACGAAACUCAAAUGUUACUGCAGCCUGCAAGAGCAUGACAUUCAAAAAAGGGUGUUUGCCAAAUUCUUUUUAGAUAAACCUAACAAAGACUAAAAGUGCUUCUAGGUUAACAAUAUGCAAGCGUUACAAUUCUUUUGUAUGAUUUUGUUUAAACCUAAUGAAUGUUCCUCUUACAAAUAUGAUGUAACAUCAAAAUAAAUCUGUGAAAACAUGA